AUGUACAACGAAGACGUCAAAUCAAUCGCCGAGUUUCCUUUCUCAGCCUCAAAACCUAACGAUGUUCAAGAGAGCCACGAGGAUGCUAAACCGAUUCAAGAAUCGAUCAAGAACUCAGACCCAAUUCAAGAUUCCGUCGCAAACGCAGACCCUGUUGAGGAAUCGGUGCAAAAUCCAGACCCAGAUCAAGUUUCAGUGAGAGAAUCAUCCGAGACGGUACACGAAGAGGUGUCGAAAACAGAGGAAGAGAAAAAGAUUGAGCUUUUCGCUGCGACGGAGGAAGAAGAAGACGUGGAAUUGCCACCGGAGGAGUGCGAUUUGUUCACCGGAGAAUGGGUUUUCGAUAACGAGACCCAUCCGAUAUACAAAGAGGAUCAGUGUGAGUUUUUGACGGCGCAAGUUACUUGCAUGAGAAAUGGAAGAAGAGAUUCUCUGUAUCAGAAUUGGAGAUGGCAACCCAGAGACUGUUCUUUACCAAAAUUUAAAGCGAAAUUGCUACUGGAGAAGCUAAGGAACAAGAGAAUGAUGUUCGUUGGAGAUUCACUAAACCGGAAUCAAUGGGAAUCAAUGGUUUGUUUGGUUCAAUCAGUGGUUCCUCCCGGUCGAAAAAGCUUGAACAAAACCGGUUCUCUCUCUGUUUUCCGAAUCGAGGAUUAUAAUGCGACGGUGGAGUUUUAUUGGGCACCAUUUUUGGUGGAAUCGAAUUCGGAUGAUCCAAAUAUGCAUAGUAUACUUAACCGUAUAAUAAUGCCUGAGUCCAUAGAAAAGCAUGGAGUCAACUGGAAAAACGUUGACUUUCUUGUCUUCAACACUUACAUUUGGUGGAUGAACACAUUCGCCAUGAAAGUCCUACGAGGAUCGUUCGAUAAGGGAGACACCGAGUUCGAGGAAAUCGAACGGCCAGUAGCUUACCGGAGAGUGUUAAGGACUUGGGGAGAUUGGGUGGAGCGAAAUAUUGAUCCUCUACGUACCACUGUCUUCUUCGCUAGCAUGUCUCCUCUUCAUAUCAAGAGCUUGGAUUGGGAGAAUCCAGAUGGGAUAAAAUGCGCAUUGGAAACGACACCAAUACUAAACAUGUCAAUGUCAUUCAGCGUAGGAACAGACUACAGGUUAUUUUCAGUAGCUGAAAACGUCACGCAUUCUCUUAAAACUCCGGUUUACUUUCUCAACAUUACAAGACUCUCCGAAUACCGGAAAGAUGCUCACACUUCGGUUCACACAAUCAGACAAGGCAAAAUGUUGACGCCGGAACAACAAGCCGAUCCAGACACUUACGCCGAUUGUAUCCAUUGGUGUCUUCCCGGUUUACCUGACACGUGGAACGAGUUCCUUUACACACGUAUCAUUUCUCGUUCGUGA